UGCGACGGGAGGUUUUUACAGCAGCCUAACCCCCAUCCCUCGUCCUCUUCCUCCAUCUCGUUGCUCGGAAAUAUUGUCCAAAAAGAAAAACACAGAUUUUUGCAAGUGUGCAAUUUGCACGACGUUUCGCUGCAAGUGUGAAGCUAAGCCACACCUAGGAGUUGAUCCCCCUCGCCCUUCCUCCUCGUCGUCGUCGUCGUUUGCUUUGUUUCUGCCCUUGGUUUUUUGUCUUUUUUUCUCCUUGAGAGUUACCCGCCCAUUUUAUCGUAGCCCCAUCACUGCUCUUCAUCAUUACUCACUCACUGGCCAAAACGACAUUAAAAGCAUCAUACGCACUGACAGAUUUUUAGACGUUUCCUCCCCCCCCCCUUUAGUGUCCCUUUUGACAGUCGUGUACGCAUGAUUGACCCACCAUGUCAUCUGGACCGGAAGUCACCGGUGGAAAUGUCUAUGAAGAACGACGCAGGAAACUCCAGGAACUAAGCGCAAAGACUUGUGUCUUGGAAGCGAGAUUGAAUCGAUUGAGCAAAACGUUUAGCGUUGAUGUCGUCGUUGCAGAGAAUAAUGUCAGACCACAGCGACCGUUAUCAAGAGUGUUUACACUGCCCCAUCCAACGUCAAAUCCUUCCUCGCGGACUGGUAGUGACGACAUCCCCGCCGUUCAAUCACCUGUAUCCGCUGUCCCACCCGAACGUCGAUCCAGCCGACCGCAAAGCACCAUCAUUGACGCCAGUGUACACCUUCUUCCUCUCGAAGUCCCCCUCGACCGUAAAAGCACCGACACCUUUGCCCGUAGACGCAGCAUCUACGGCAAGUCAUUGGAUCUGAAAUCGUUAUGGGAUCCUGAAGAUGACGAGAAUGGCAGGCCUAUUCUCAAAUUGCGCGAUUCAGCUGUGGAUAUCAAGAGUGCGGUCUUGAGUGUUGGGAAGCAGCAGCAGGGGGAAAGAACUGGCAUCGACAUGCCUUGGGCUGUCGGUCAGGUUGUCUCGACGGAUGUUGCUAAAAUGCAUCUUGCCAGAGAGUCGCUACCAGUGCCUAUCACCCGCGCGUCUCUUCUUAUUCCUUUGACUCUUGGGAUGUUAACAGAUAUGGAUGUGGACAGCGAUGCCCAGGUCGAUAGGGUGCAUACACGGACAGUGACUGCCAACGUCAUCCUCCCUGUUGCCAUUGGAGAGACGUCCAAUAUGCACGACAAUAGUUCGUGCGACGCAGUGUACAUGAAUAAUGUGCAAAGCAUAGCGCUGACGCCGAUUGUAAAUGUGGCACGGGGGAACCUGUGGGACGUCCAGUCCCCGCCUGGAGAAGGUGCUGUUCUGGAACCCCCAGCAGAACGCUUGGACAUUGCCCACAUUUUCCCGGUGUUUGACGGUAUCCAGUCAUUCCUCCCGGCAGCAUGCGAGCAAUCUUGCGGUCCUCACGAGGCACCAGUGCCCACAUCCACGCACAUCAUUCUCAAUGUCCAACAAGGUCAUGCGACAACGGUGGAUGCCACGCCAGAGAAGAGUGUUGAAAGAUUCGAAACCAACCAAGAAGUCAUCAUCUCUUGCAUCCUUCCAACAACCGAAGCAAUCAUUAAUACAGUGGAAACCGAUGCGGCAGUAGAGAUGGAACAACUUGCCCCUAGCACGGAAACGAAAAUAACAUGGAUGUGCCCAGUUGAAAACGCUGCUCUUUGCCAACAGGACAAGACGCCAGAGGCUCUAGCCUACAAGGAAGCGGCCAUAUCCCCACUAAAUACAAAGUGGCUUGUUCCUUUGGACGUGGGCAGCCUUCAUGAGAUACCGGUGGACGCUCUACAAACAGUUCGAGUAGAUCUUGCACCUGUAAGUACCGUCUUGAAAAGCGAGCUGCAUCAACUCCAGAACGAUGCAAAUAUCCUUGACGAUGUCCCCAGCCCUUAUCAUAACGAGAUUGUACCCUCCGUACAACGUAGUAUUGCAUGGAUGAAGGAGGAGGUUACAUUGAUGGAGCGCACUGGAAGCACUAGGUUCCUGCAAACGGAUCAUAUCCUACCUAAAGUCGCCAGCUGCAUUGUAUCUGCUGACGCUGGUGUAGAAAUGGAGGCAGAAACGAUUGCUGCGGAAAGCGUGAAUAUAAACUGUGUGGUCCCCCACUUGCGGGCCAGCAUGACUGUAGUUGAAUGGGUCAUGGACGAAGAAGCGACCCGCGAUGGGCCUGCCGAGGAAUUGCAUAUAGAUUCGAUCGUUCCCGUUCUACAAGGCAGUCUUGAGAAGAAAACAAUCUUGGCGCAAAAUGCGGUCAAAGAAGACUGCAUUCCCAUUGAAUGCUUCAUGAUUCCAUCAUCUGAUCACGACCCGCCCUGCAAUGAGGAUACACCAGAUACGGAGGCAGAGAUGGUCACGGUCCGCCGUGCUCAUCCAUUACUGGACCAGGGUGCUUUGGAUCUGGUAGAAUUUGGACAGAGCCAAAGAGGUGAUUCUCUCCUUCUACCGACAAUUAUACCCCUCGACACACAUGAGGAAGAAGAAGACGACGACAUUGAGUCUUGGGAUGAAUCCUCUGAGAUUAGUAGUUACUCGUGCUCUUCUGCUGAAUACGAUAUUGAUGGUCUCGAUGCGUACGACCGCCGAAUUUACCAAAUGUAUUUUGAGCCCCGGGCUUCGAGGGAUGCUUUGAUGGCGUUUGUUCCGCAUGUUUUGGAUACGAUAUCGGAAUGGAGCUGUGAAGAUGAGGAUGAGGAGUGGCGGGCUAGGUGUGAAGAGGAGGGGGAUGAGUUUUCGUAUGUCAGCGACGAACAGCAAGAUUUGAUGUGGAACUGGGAUGAAGUUACCGGCCCCUCCGAUGAAGAAGAUAUUGAAUUUCCGCCUGAAGACGAUUUAUUUCCAAAUGUAGAGCCCGUCAAGGAUACUACUAGAGAACGUGAAAUUGCACCUGAAAUAUGCGACAUGCCCGAGAACGAAGUCAAUGCGGAAUUGCAUCUCCACUUGCCGGUUCCAUCUGUCGUCACUGUAAUGCAAACACCUGUUGUAGGAUCAUCCAUGGACGAAACUAUUGACACGGACCACGAAUUGCCACCCAAGGAUCUAGACCGGGUGGACUCGGCGGUCUUUAUCGACACGGACGCAUUCUAUCCUCCCAAAGACUGCCCAAUCGUCUCUCCCUCGUCGCCCGACAUUACAAACACACAACCUCCAACCCCCUCGACAAGUCCUUCACCCCCCGUGCUAAAAUCCCCAAGUCUCCAUCCAACCCCCGACGGAGCCAUCUCCCUCCUCCGCAUCCUCUCCAUCUUCCUCCUCUACAUCCAAUACACAACCCUCGUCGUAACAUUCCUCAAAUCCCUUUUAAACCACUUUACGGCCCCUCAAUAUGAUUUCAAUGACCCGCUUUUUGUAUAUGAUGAUCCAUCCCCCGACGCAUUCCCACAAUGGAAUGUGGGCAAGAUACCACUCUUGUUUGGUGUAGUGCUUGUUGGGUCGAGUUUUGGGGUUGGGGUUUCAAAGGGGCGAGGUGCUUGGGUGAUGUGGUUGGUUGUUGGGGUGUGUGGAUGGGGAAUGUUUCGGUGGUGAGGUUAUUGGUUUUUUGUUGUAGAGUAUAGGAAGUUGAUUUUAGGGUUUGUUUAUAGUGUGGUUGUAGCAUUGUAUUGUAGUCGUAUUUUUUUUUUUUACUUUGUUGAUGUAGCUGUGUUUUUUGUUUUGUUUUUGUUUUUGGUGUUGGUAUGCUUUUUUUGUUGGUUUUCGGUAUUCUAGUAUGUUGUCAUGUUGAUGUGAUGGCUUGUUUCUUUUUACUUUUUUUGCAAACCGUUUGUAUUAUCAAAAACGUGCUAGUCAUGCGUGUAUUGUCACUUGGUCGUUCGACCAUAAUACUUGGGAAAC